AUGGUUGCAUUAUUCUCUUACACUGCUUGCACUAAGCUCUCUCUAUUACAGCCUCACAAGCCUGCUCAAAGCCGACCACAUAGAACAGCACAAAAGGCUUACGUAAUGACAAAUCCUGAGCAAGACAGCACACUCGAGAAACAAGAAACAGAGACAAUCAAAGUAGUCUCUUCAUCUGUUGCGAGGCUUUCAGCUAGAUGUUUAUCUGCAGUGAGUGCUUACGACAAUACACUAGAAAACGUUGAGACCUUAGAUACUGCUCAAGCCAAGUUUGAUGAUAUCUUAAACUCAUCUUCCGUGGAUGCUGCUUGUGAAAAGAUUAGAAGCCUUGCUAAGGCCAAGGAGCUAGAUUCCUCAUUGAUCUUAUUAAUAAACUCUGCUUACGCUGCUGCUAAAGAGUCUCAAACCGUUACAAACGAGGCCAAAGACAUAAUGUAUCAUCUUUACAAAGCUACAAAGAGCAGCCUUAGAAGCAUAACGCCUAAAGAAAUCAAGCUGUUAAAGUAUUUGCUCAACAUAACAGACCCGGAAGAAAGAUUCUCUGCUCUAGCAACAGCCAACAGCUUUCUCUCCUGGGGAUGA